UCAAACAGAAGAUAAUUUUUUACAAUAAUUUUUUUCGUUAUAUCUUUUUUUUUUAUACCCGAUUUCCUUUUUUACAGUUAAUAGACAAAAUACGAGGAGAGAAGAAAAAAAAAAAGGAUAAAAAAUAAAGCAAUUUGAGUUUAGACCAUAAAACAAUGCCAGAAUGGACGACUCAUCACCACCCACGCCAGAAUUACCGGAACGUAAGAACCGAUUAUCUUCGAACAGUGGAAUUAAACGAAACAAAGUGAGUCGGGCAUGCGAUGAAUGUAGAAAAAGAAAGGUGCGUUGUGAUGGAGCUCAACCUUGUGCCAGGUGUCAAAAAUCUUCAACAGAAUGUAUCUUCUCAAAUGUCACGCCUAAAAGGGGACCUCCAAAGAAGUAUUUGGAGCCUUUUGAAACUAGAUUAAGGACAAUUGAUAAUAUUUUACAAAUACUUGAAUUUUCUUCAAAAGAUAUACAUCCAGAUGUUCAUAAAAAUUAUGAAGAAAAGGAUCCUAGUAUUGAAAUAAAUACGCAUCUUGAUGUUACUGCAAUUGGGCAUGCAUCAUAUAUACCAGACUAUCCAGCACGAAUAGACCGUAUAGAGCCACUGUAUAACACACAUAUGAAUUCAGAAUUAAAUCAACCUAUUAUAUCAUCCUUGCCAACCGCUAUACGAUUUGAUCUUGUUCAAAUCUAUUUUGAUCAUUUGCAUCCUUCAAUGCCUUUUAUCUAUAAAGCUUUUCUUACGCAACCCCAACCAUCUAUUUUAUUGUUGAAUGCUAUUUAUGCAGUCGCGUCAAAAUUUGUCCCACAACAACAAGUAACUAAUGAUCCUCCAGGAUGGUCUUUUUAUAAAACAGCACUUGGACUAAUUGAUAUGUAUUCAGAUAGUCCAAGACUUUCGUCUGUUCAGGCAUUUUUAUUAUUAAUUAAAUAUCAUGAAACUAUUCAUAGACCGGGCUUCUUUUGGAGAACAAAAUUUUUCUUACAAUUGGCUGUUAAAAUGUCUAGUGAUCUAGGUUUAUCAAGAGAACUACCUGAUAAUACUCAUUCAACUUUUGGUGAGUAUGAGCUGGAAUAUAGGAGAAGAACUUUUUGGGCCCUUUAUGCUUAUGAAGUUUUAAUGAGUACUGAACAGGGCUUGGAAUUAUAUGAUCAAAGUGAAAAAUGCACUGUCAACUAUCCUCACGUCCUUCCAGAUGAAUCUGGCAAUGAUUCGAACGCAAUUUUUAAUUUUCAUUGGUUAUCCAAAGUAGUGCAUAUUCUAGCAUCUGUACUUCAAUUGAUGCGACUCAAAUAUGGAGGCAGAAACGAGAAUAAUAGAAACAAAUCUAAUGAAAUCAAACAAUUUGCCAAUUUAGAAAAUGCCCUCUCAAAAUUAGGAGCUAGUAUACCGGAUAUGGGAAAGGGAGACAUAUAUGUUUCCUUCAUCCAUUUAAUAUACCAUUUGGUCAAAGUUCUUCUUUAUAGACCAUACAUAUUAACUGAUAAUUACAUGAUAGAACAGCAUAGCACAUAUAUCUCUCAAUGCCUAUCCUCUGCUAAAAGUAUUCCCCAUAUCGUAGAUUAUAUCAUAAAAAAAGAAGGGUUAGAUAUAUUUUAUAAAUUCAUACGAGGACAUCAGCAAAUCAUUUAUUGUUUGACAGCUGCUAUUACAAUUUUACGUGCUUCUCGAAAUAUAUAUAACAUUUCUGAGCCAAUAAAUGAUAUUUAUGAACAAACAUGCUCAAUGUUAAAAAUUAUUAUCCUCAAAUCGCCAGUGACUGAAUUAGAAAUGACAACCAUUGAGCAUCAUAAUUCUUUAGAUCGUUCUGAACUACAUAUUGCAUCGCCUUCUAACACUUCAUCGACUCGAUCUUCACCACUAAUGCCUUCUGCAUUAAAUUCGCCUCAUAGUCCAAAUAUGCCUACGCCUACUGUAAGAAAACGUCAUUCUAGAUCGUCUCUUCAAUUCCCAGUAUCCGAUGCAUCUUAUCUUAUGCAAUCAAGCGCUGUAUUUAAUUCCUCAGAAGUUGCAAAUCAUCGUAUGAGAUCAACGGGUAGAUCACCUUAUGCUAAUAAUAGACUCUCAGCACCUUUAUUAGGAUCUAUGUAUCAACAAUCACCUUAUUUUUAUCAACAACAAAUACAGCAACAGCAACAGCAACAACAACAGCAACAGCAACAACAACAACAACAGCAACAGCAACAGCGAGGCAUAACAAGCUAUUCCCAGCCAUCAUCACCUACCACUAGCCAAUUUACUGGUAUUGAAUUCAAUAGCAAUAAUAGUAUUAAUGGAAAUCCUCCAUCUAUGCUUCCUAUUACACCACGACGAACAACUUCACUUUCAAGAAAAUCAGUAUUACGACGUAGUGCCUCUUCUAUUGGUGAAUUCGUAGUUCCUUCUCAAAGAACAAAUCGAACCUCAUCUCGACCCUAUAUUAACCCACGUCGUCACACGUUAACAAAUGCAACGCCUCCAGAUUUAACCAAUGUGACGGCAUCAUCUACAAACAAUGUGUUAUCUAUAGAUCCUACUUCACAAAAUUUGCAUGCAAUAGCAGUACGGAAUAAUAGAUUCUCGGCUCCUGUGAUGAGCAACAAUACCCAAAAUCCAUAUAUGAUACCAAUUACUACGCAACAACCUAUGAUGAUUGAUCCUUCUUCUUUUCCUAUGGACCCAGUUAUCCCUAAUUCACCUAAUGAAUCCAUGAUGGAGUUAUUAUUAAACCCUUGGGAUUUCUCAUCCCAACAACAACCAUAAAAAAUAUGUAUACGGUAUAUUAUAUAUGUGUAUUUCACUUUUUUUUUUUAUUUUUAUUUUU